AUGCAAUUUCAACUGACCUUUCUUUUGCACCUUGGAUUGCUCAGUUAAGAGGACGCUCAAGAAGAAUGCAGCAGAUGUGCCUGUCACCCCCCAACUGGCGAUCUCCUGGUGGGUCGCAGCGGGCAGCUCACAGCUUCUUCUACCUGUGGACUGGACAGAGCCUGGAAAUACUGCAUCCUCAGCUACCUCGAGGGGGAACAAAAAUGCUUCAUCUGUGGUUCCAGAUUUCCAUAUGACCCACACACCCAACCCAACAGCCACAUCAUCGAGAACGUAAUCACAAGUUUUGAGCCAGAGAGAGAAAAGAAGUGGUGGCAAUCUGAAAAUGGUCUUGAUCAUGUCAGCAUCAGACUGGACCUAGAGGCCUUAUUUCAGCUCAGUCACCUUAUUCUGACCUUUAAGACUUUUCGGCCUGCUGCAAUGUUAGUUGAACGCCCCACAGACUAUGGACACACCUGGAGAGUGUUCAAAUAUUUUGCCAAAGAUUGUGCUACUUCCUUCCCUAACAUCACAUCUGGCCAGGCCCAGGGAGUGGGAGACCUUGUUUGUGACUCCGAAUAUUCGGAUAUUGAACCCACCACUGGUGGUGAGGUUGUUUUAAAGGUGUUGGAUCCCAGCUUUGAAAUAGAAAACCCUUACAGCCCUUAUAUCCAGGACCUUGUGACAUUAACAAACCUGAGGAUAAACUUUACCAGUCUCCAUACUCUUGGGGAUACUUUGUUUGGAAGAAGGCAAAAUGAUUCCCUUGAUAAAUACUACUAUGCUCUGUAUGAGAUGGUGGUUCGUGGAAGCUGUUUUUGCAAUGGCCAUGCUAGCGAAUGUGUUUCAACACAGAAGACGCGCAGUGAUGUUUUCAGCCCUCCAGGCAUGGUUCAUGGUCGCUGCAUCUGUCAGCACAACACAGAUGGCCCACACCGUGAGAGGUACAAGGACUUCUUCCAGGAUGUUCCUCGGAGGCCAGCUACGGGCCUCCGGGACAGUGCUUGCCAAGCUUGUUACUGUAACGGCCACUCUGCCUUGUGUCACUUCAACACGACUGCACACCUGGCGCGCGGGGGCCGCAGUGGGGGCGUGUGUGACGACGGCCAGCACGACACCCAGGGCCAGCACUGGGACCGCUGCAGACGCCUCUUCUACAGGGACCCCCGUAAGGCCAUCUCAGAUCCUGACGCGUGCAUUCCUCGUGAGUGUGACCCUGAUGGGAUCAUUUCGGGUGGGCUUUGUGUGAGCCACUCUGAUCCUGACUUGGGGUCUAUGACCGGCCGAUGCCUGUGGAAGGAGAAAGUGGAAGGAGCAAAAUGUGACAGAUGCAAGCCAGACCGUUAUGGACUGAGCACCACGGACCCUCUCGGCUGUCAGUCCUGCGACUGUCACCCCCUUGGGAGUCUGCCGCCCUUGACCUGUGAUGUGGAUACAGGCCAAUGCUUGUGUCAGCCGUUUGCUACUGGACUACACUGUGAAGAAUGCACUGCUGCAUACUGGGGACUAGAAAAUCACCUCCAUGGAUGUUCUCCCUGCGACUGUUAUAUUGGAGGUGCUUAUUCCAACACGUGCUCACCCAAGAAUGGGCAGUGUGAUAGUUGCCCCCAUGUCACAGGUCGCAGCUGCACUGAGCCAGCGCCUGGCUAUUUCUUUGCUUCUUUGAAUUUCUACCUCUACGAGGCAGAGGAAGCCACACCACUUCAGGGACUGGCACCUUUGAGCUCAGUGACUGCUGACCAACUGCCUGCUGUUUCCAUCCUUCUCCGAGAGCCAGUUCCUGGGAUGCCCGUUACAUGGGCAGGACCUGGAUCUGCCAGGGUUCUCCCUGGGGCUGGUUUGAGAUUUGCCAUGGAUUUCACAAUUGCCAUUCGCUAUGAAACUCGGUCUGCAGAUGACUGGACCAUCCAGAUGGUGAUUAACCCCACUGGAGCAAGCAAGCACUGCACACGCGAGACCCCACAGCCAAAGCCUCAGGCUUUACCAGCAGCUUCCAGAAUCAUGCUACUUCCCACACCCAUCUGUUUAGAACCAGAUGUACAAUAUUCCCUUGAUGUCUGUUUUUCCCAGCCUUUGGAAGGAAGGUUCAAGGCUCAUUCACACAUCCUGGUUGAUUCUCUUGGUCUUAUUCCCCAAAUCAACUCACUGAAGAAUUUCUGCAGCAAGCAGGAUUUAGAUGAAUAUCAGCUACACAACUGUGUUGAAAUUGCCUCAGCAUCGGGACCUCAGGUGCUCCCUGGAGCAUGUGAAAGGCUUAUAGCCAGUUUGUCUGCCAGGCUGCGCAAUGGGGCUGUGGCUUGCAAGUGUCAUCCACAGGGCUCGAAGGGACCCAGCUGCAGCCGACUGGGAGGCCAGUGCCGAUGUAAGCCUGGUGUGACUGGCCGCUGCUGUGACAUGUGCUCAACAGGAAGCUAUGGUUUGGAGCAACGUGGCUGUCACUCUUGUCACUGCCACCCUCAAAGGUCACAAAGCGCCAUAUGUGACCAAGUAGCGGGACAGUGACCCUGCCAUGGAGAAGUGGCCAGCCGCCAUUGUGACCGGUGCCUGGCAGGCUACUUCGGAUUUCCCAACCGCUGCCCCUGCCUUUGUAAUGGGUUUGCUGAACUUUGUGAUCCAGAAACUGGGUCAUGUUUCAACUGUGGCGGAUUUACAACUGGGAGAAACUGUGUGCAGUGUGGAGAAUGCUCUGCUGGUUUCUAUGGAAAUCCAAGAAUUUCCAGAGCACCCUGCCGGCCAUGUGCCUGUAACAACAAUAUUGAUGUAACUGAUCCAGGGUCCUGCAGCCCAGUCACAGGGGAGUGCCUUAAAUGUCUGUACAACAGUCAGGCCCACUGCCAGCUCUGCAAACCAGGUUACUUUGGAUUGGCCCUCAAUCAGACCUGCACGAGGUGCUCUUGUCACCCCUCUGGUGUGGGUCCCACUGAGUGUCCCCCCAGUGGGGAACCUUGCCUCUGUGACCCUGACACUGGCAUGUGCCCAUGUCUGCCCAGCGUCACAGGCCGGACCUGUGACCACUGUGCUGAUGGAUACUGGAAUCUGGUCCCUGGCAGAGGAGGUCAGCCAUGUGAUUGUGACCCCUGGACCUCGCUCAGCAGCCGCUGUGACCAGCUUACAGGCCAGUGUGCAUGUAGAUUAGGCUAUGAUGGGAAACACUGCUCUGAGUGUGAGGAAAAUCAUUAUGAGGAUCCCCUAGGCCGAUGCAUUCCAUGUGACUACAACAAGGAAGGUUCCCAGAAGCCGGUCUGUGACCAGGACACAGGCACGUGUCGAUGCCAGGAGGGCAUUAGCGGCCCUCGAUGUGAUCACUGUGCCCGGGGUCACGACCAGGAAUUCCCCACUUGUCUUCGGUGUCACUUGUGCUUUGAUCAAUGGGACCACACUAUUUCUUCCCUCUCCACAGUAGUGCAAGGGUUAAUUAGGCUGGCUGUUACCAUGGAAGAUAAAAGAGAGACCCUGCCUGUCUGUGAGGCCGACUUCAAAGGCCUCAGAGAAAACAUGUCUGAAAUAGAAAGGAUUUGGAGACAUCCUGUUUUCUCAUCUGAGGAAUUCUCAAAAGUCAAGGAUUAUCAUGACUCUGUUCGUAAACAAAUCAUGCAACUAAGUGAGCAGCUGAAAACAGUGGAUGAAUUUGAAGACCUGAAAGAAACAAUAGUCAGAAUGAGGAGUGAAACAAACUUCUUACUUGAAGAUCUUCAGGAAGGAAAUGAUUUGCACUCCAGUGCCUGGAAUGCAAGCCUCAUGGAUUUUUCAAAGAACAUCAAGAAGUAUUAUCAGAGUUCUUUAUCUACUGAAAAGAAAACUAAUGAAACUACAUCCAUCAUAAACAACUCCAAAAAUACCAAGAAUGACUUACUUAGCAUCUUAGAUACACUAACCUCAAAAGAAGACUUGUCACUGGAGAAAUUAAAGCAGAUCAAGAUGCCAAAUAUUCUAAUGUUGCUGGAAAGGUGUGUGGAGCAGGAGAGGACACGGCCUGCGUGCUCUCGUCCUGUGGCGGCCCGAGCUGUUACGGCUCCCCAGCCCUCUCAACGAAUGCCCUGCAGAAAGCUCAGGAAGCAGAGUCUGUGCUUCACAAACAGAAAUAUAAGUAAACUGGCAGAAGUAUGCAAAAAGAGUGCAUUACAGCUAAGAAAGAAACUGAGGAAAAUGAAAAACCAAAGUGAAUCUGAAGAAGAGAAAAUGAAUCUUCUAGUAAAAAAAACUGAAAAUAUUUUUCUGGAGGAACACGUGCCUCCAGAGGACGUAGAGAAGGUGGCAAAUCGUGUACUUGACAUCCACCGCCCAAUAACAUCACAAAAUCUAACCCAUGAACUUGACAAAAUACAGAAACUUAUGCAACUCUGUGAGGACUACAGGACAGAAGAGGACAGGCUAAACAAAGCAGCAGAUGGAGCCUGGGAGGUUUUGGUGAAGGCAGAAGCAGCUGAAAAAGCAGAAAAUGUUCUAUCAAAUCUCAGCAAAAUGUUGAAGAAGUUGCAACAAGUUCAGAUCACUCAAGGACGGGCAGAUUCUACCAUCACACAGCUGACUGCCGAGAUAACAAAAUUCAGAAAGGACAAACUUCAGGCUGAAAAUCAGGCCCAGGAGAUGAAGAAUAAGCUAGACGUAGCAAAGCACCAGUCAGCGUUGGAGGGUGGACUUGCCCAGCUGCAGACCACACUGCAGAGGAAUCGAGGAGAGGCUGGCCAUGCACGAGCUCAGGCUGAAGCGGCCCGGCACCAGGCUGGAGGCCUUGAGGAGGAGUUUGUUGAGCUACAGAAUCAAUAUGCUGUUCUUCAGCAUAAGAUGAGCGUAUCAGGGCUGACGAAGGAAACAUUAGGAAAAGUGAAACAGCCAGAAGGUGCGGCAGCGAAACCGGCUGGAGACACAGAGGACAAGAUGGGAAGAAGAGCAGAUUUGGAAAAGAAGAUCCAAGCUUUGAAUCUUAGUAAACAAGGAAAAGCUGAUCAGCUGAAACAGUUGGAAGAUCAAGUCAUUGCCAUUAGAAAUGAAAUUGUCGACCAAGAAAAUAAUUAUGCUACCUGCUACAGAUAG